AUGUCUCGUUCCAGCGCAGACGAUUCCUUUGCGCAGUUCAUGUCCAGCCACCACCGCUAUUCUCGGCAUGACGUCGCUUCUAACUCGCCCUUGUCCUACAGGAACCGCGCCCUCUCCAUCCGCUCCGGCGGCAAGGCCAACAAGAGCUCCGGCACCGGCACCUCGGGCGGCCGCACCGGCUUCUCCUUCAACUCCCUUCGCGGCACCGUCCAGCCGGAGCUGUCACGCAAGCUGUUCCGCCUCAUCAAGUCGGAAAACAAUCUCGUCACAGCCCACGAAACGGCCGGUCGUGAGCGCAUCGCCAUCGCUCAGCAGCUCUCCGACUGGGGCGAGCAGACAGGGGACGAUGGCGUCAACGACGUCUCCGACAAGGUCGGCGUCAUCCUGAGUGAGAUGGGCGAGCAGGAGGACUCGUACGCGCACGCCCUCGACGAGUCCCGCGGCCGCCUCAAGACGAUUCGCAACACGGAAAAGAGCGUGCAGCCGAGCCGCGACGGCAAGGUCAAGAUUGCCGACGAGAUAGCAAAGCUCAAGUCCAAGGAGCCCGAGAGCACCAAGCUGGUCGUCCUCGAGCAGGAGCUUGUUAGGGCCGAGGCUGAGAAUCUGGUUGCCGAGGCGCAACUAACCAAUGUUACGCGCCAGAAGCUCAAGGAAGCGUACGAGGCCGAGUUCGCCGCUACCAUCGAGCGGGCCGAGAAGCAAAUCAUCCUCGCCAAGCAUGGCCGCCGGCUCCUGGCCCUCCUCGACGACACCCCGGUUGUGCCGGGUGACGACCGGCAACCGUAUGCGCACGGCCAACAGGCGCGCCAGAUUCUCAACGACUGCGAAGACGACCUCCGAGAGUGGCAACCCGACCAAGAGGCCUACCUGGACGCGGCCGAGAGCCCGCCGCCCUCUCUCAAGGGCAAGGACAAGGGGAUUCUGGCGGUCCCGGGUGGGACUAGCGUCAGGGCUCAGGAGGACUUGGCGGGCGCCGAGGGGCUGAAGACGGCCGAGGUCGGAGCAUGA